CGGCACUAUAACAAAACACAAGUUGCUUUGGAUCACCUUCAAAUGUCGCUCGAAACACUACUAGUCCACAAUGGUGAUCAUAAAUGACCCAUCAUCGUCAUCUAGUACUGUUAAAGUGCUUGUCGUGCAUGGACUCGUGCAGUGUGCAUGUAUUACCGUUGUGUGAAUGUUAGCUUUCAGAUGUUGUAUUCGUGCGUUAAGCCUCCCCUCUGUGUUAAGCCUCGCCGAUGUCGCGUCGUUCCCUUAAUACGAAGGAACUAUUGGUCUAGGGGAGACUACGUUAGCCCUGAUAUGUCUCACCCCACCCAACGCCUCGUCGAUGCUGCGCCGCCUCUGUCAUGGAGUGACGUGAUUGUGAACUACACGAGUGCAGAUCUAUAUGUCGCUCACGUUCAUCUCUGCUCUCCACUCCCGCCUCAAAGACCGGCUGUCACUUGCGUUCCACAUACAGUCAAGGUGGAUUACAUUCCACAAAUCGUAAGCCACGUCUAUCCAAGAGAUCAAUUUGCCGUACGGGCGUCAAACAUUUUCAACAGCGUGCAAGAGCUUUGCUUAUUAGUCCGAGGUUCGAUCUCAGAUAUACCUUGCUUGUCAAGGUCAUGUGAGAAGUUUCGGAAUGCGCUCUCCAGCCUAUGUAGGGCUGGAUAGGCACUGCCCUUAUCACCUGAACAAGAGGGUUGGACAUGCGCAGGCAGAAUCUAGUCAAGAUUCAACAGGCACUGGUGGCGUGACUUUUGUCAUUCGUGUGACCAUGACAUUGGGUAUCCUGAUUCCUUACGACCUGUUCUUGAUAGUUAACUAUCGAGGACAC